CAACGAGGACAGUCUAUCUCCUUCUUCUCUCUCUCGAUUUCUCAGCUGGUGGUGACAGAGGCGCUUCGUCAGCCGCGACCGUGCGACGGGUGAGUAUGAGGGGAUCUCGAACUGAGCCUGUGGAUGUCAGUUCUGAUGGAAGCGCCGACAGUGGCUCUAACGAAAACUUGGACAGCAGCUCAGAUGGAUCGGGUUAUAGCUCCUCCUAUGAAGGAGCAUCCAUGAGCUCUGAUGGAGUGGUGUACAUCAGCUCUGAUGAAGGGAAGCACAUAAGCUCUGAUGAAGGCGAGUACAAUAGUCUAGAUGAGGGCGCCUACACCAGCUCUGAUGAAGACAUGAGCAGCAGCUCUGAUGAAGGCGCUCACACCAUCCGUGCUAAAGGUGUUCAUAGGCGCAUGAAGGAGAAGAAGCCCUGGAAAGCAUGCAUGAACAUCUGUGAUUGCCCUAAAGAGUACACAGUUGUACUUUUCUGCUUUGUUUACGAAGCAGUAUCUAGCGGAUUUCAUUGCUACUCCUGUUGAUGGGGUGAAGAUUCAUCUAUCAUCUGGAAGUUGUGUAAGGCGUGUUCGCCUUAUUAAUGGUGUGGACAACAGGGCUACCAUAAUAUGGAACUGGGGUCACUUUGCAGAGAAAGCAAAGCUGACAAAAGGGGAUAUGUGUGUUUUCUCUCUUCGAGUUCGCAAGGGGAAACCAGAAUUCACCGUUCACAAGAUCUAAAAGUUUUGUAUAUGCACUGUGUUUUAAUCUGUAGAAGGAUUGCUGUUUUAUUACCUGGUCUAAGCAAGUAUGUGCGUUUGCAGGUGCUUACAACGCAGCGUUUAAGGAGGAGUAUGUUAAGGUGUUCUAUAAGGGCAUGUAUAUAUAUCUAUGCCUGAGUAUAGUUUCAAGUCUUCGUAAUGAUGGUUAUGUAAUAUGAUCGAAACCAUUAACUAUGUGUGAGCUAUGGGCUCUUAGCUAGGUAAGUUUAGUUGUUGCAUGGACUCUAGCUAGGUGUGUUGGGUUGCGCAGGCAGUAUGUGUUUCUUUUGUUAGCAAUCUCUCUGUCGUGAUGGUUAUGUAAUGCAAUGAUGAUUGAAAAUAUGAACUAUGUGUGAGCUAUGGGCUCUUUGUUAAGGUUCUAAUCGUGUUUGCUUUAAGGUAUCAAGUAUUUUGCAGUUCUGAACUGGAAAAGAAAUUGUAGUAUCCAGCAAAAUACUCUGUAAGAAAGGAUAGAAAGCCUGGGUG